AUGGGCAGUCGUGCGGCCAAGGAUCAUCAACUGGACCUGCAUCGUCGCCAGUACGGCCGCUCUAGCGACAGACCCGUCGCAACAAGGCACCCAUACCUGGAAGAAGAGCGGAUGAGCCGUUCUAGGUCGAGAAGGGUGAACCAGGCUUCGGAUGGCAGUCUACUCGAAACCGCCAGAAGUGACAAUGACAUUGUGGAAGACUGGCUUGCCAAUGUCAGUCGUCGAGGCGUCGAUACUAGAGAGUCCGCAAAGCGACUACAGUCAAAUCAGGACAAGGGCAAUGCUCAAACUCCAGAAUGGAGGCCGCACGGGAUCUCCCUCCAGAACGCUGUCCGAGGUGGUCAUAAGCGCGCCCCAUCACGAGAUAGCUCCAUCAUCCCCGAGCCGAUGACGAAGAAAGCCAGGCCAUCUAUAGCGGUAACUAGCCAUGGGCCCAUCCAUCGCUCUCUUGUGACAGGAGUCACAGAUUUCCCCAUAUCAGCAGAUAGUUCCCCGCCCAGGUUUGAGAAACGAACGAGACACAAAACAAGAGAAGACCGUUACUAUUCUCGGAAGAAGCCCAAGGAAAAGCGACGUAGGGCCCCUGAGGAGACUGCCAGGCGGUCGGAAGACGUGCCGAAGAAGCCAAUCUUAUCGGGCCGAGAUGUCAUGAACAGCUUCCAACCUGAAGCCGUUCUGAACGACAGGCUCACGAUAUCUUCGUCAAAGCCUGACCUAGCCUAUAACUCCAUGUCUUCGGUCGAGCAGCCUCCAUCACGCGAGUACUCGUGGCAACGACAGCAACGCUUAGAAGCCAAGGCUAGACAACGGCGAGAGAUUGAGCUGGUGGAAAUAUCAACGUUUCUUUGUCGCAAGGAGACGCCUACAACAGGACACCCAAUCGCCGGCCGAGGGCGAUCUCGUGAUGGCUACGAAGAUCAGAAAUCGGAGGACCGACUGCCUGAGAACCUUCCGGCGUGCGACGACCGUUUGUCAACUAGAAGCAUUACGGGGUCAGAUUAUUUGAGAGACGACCAACGCUACCACAUCCGCGACAAGACCUACGUGGCGCCAGCUCGACAUGGUCGGUCAAGCAGUAGAGCUACGACUUAUGUCACUUGGGCCACCAGUGGCAAUCAUCAAACAUCCUUACCAGGCAACUCUUUCGACCGACACCACAGUAGUACCCCUGAGCCGAUUAGAGAGGCGCUUCGAGAGACUGGUGUAUUCGAUGGUGCUGAGAUAAAUAGAAACGCUCGUGUCUCGUCGCAUGAUUUACGUCGACGCAAACAAGAGGUGCAUCCUGAUGGAGAGUCCAAGAACUUCGAAGCUUCCCGGAAACAGCCGAUAAUUAUUCGGUAUUUAGACAAGGGAGUCAUGACUACAGACAAAUCGCCACUUUCACCUAGCGUUCUGAAGCAAUCCAGGAGUUUGUCAGUCGCUCGCGAUUCUUUUGUGCUGGAGAAUACGGCCGAUACCAGGGCGGAGGUCUUGGUGGGCUCAACUACAGAAAAAGCGCUGAACGAGCCGUCUGGCGGCGAGAUACACAAGGACUCCAACGGAGAGUCCUGUCGCAAGGCUGCCGCUCCUACGACACGAUCAUCCACGGCUAUGCAAGCGUAUUUGGUACCACCAACCAUUGACCUCUCUGCGAAAACGCAAGCAACAUCAAAGAAUAAUAUCCAGGAAGCACAGACGAUCAUAUCAAAUAUUGCUAAAGCAACUAUGCCGGUAGCUGAAAAAAGUGACGUGUGUGCCAAGGGUGACGUCGAGCUCGGGCAUGAAGCAACUGUCGACCAGUCUGAUGAGCAAUUCCUGGCGCCCGAACUGUCUGCCGUGCCUCCAUUUCAACGGUCGGAAAGCAUAAUUGAUUUCAUUGCUCGCGUCGAACAGGAGGUACUGGGACCUGAGAGCCUAGGAUACGUGGACAACCCCUCCGAUGAGGCUCGCAGUUGGCAGCAUGAUGACCGACUCGGAGCGCCUUCAGACACGUUCAGAGAGGCUCGAUCUCUGAUACCGCAGGGUGUUUCGAUCAACCAACCCCUCACAGAACCCGGUCGGCGGCACCCGGAGGACGCUUUCGGCCGAACGGAAGAGGAAGUAUCCGAGAUCAGAUAUCAUGGCGAGCGACCCGAUCAAAGUAACCAAUACUGGGAACAGCAGCAAAAAAAACAGCCGGAGGACGACAAGUACGAUAAAGACGAAAAGGAGGAAAUGCUUGCCUUCUGGCGGCCAAAUUACUUUCAUUAG